AUGACUCACUACGUGCCUUUAAUUCCUGAAAAGAAAGCAACAUGUAACGAUGUCCGACCGCUCCUUCGCGAAGUGUUUCGUGAUAUUCAUCCUGCGCCAGUACUCGCUGAACAGCUCCAACGUGAACAAAACCUUAAGGAUGAUAAAGUGGUCGACGCUCAAGUUGACCAGUGGAUCCAACAACAUGCACUGGAAAGUGAAGAAAUAAAAAAUCGUGAAGAGCAACUUCAGCGUGAAUAUGCCAAGCGACUAGCUCUAGAAUCACCAACUGCUGAACUUUCUUCGGAGGCUGCUGGCUGUGAUUCCGAGUGGAAAAAACAACUUGGCAUCAUACGUAUAGAGGAUUUAAAACCAAGCCUUGAGAAAUAUAACGAACGCAAGUGCCAUUUUCACUGUUAUUUUAAACUUAAACUGAACUAA